AUGGGCAGUCCAUACUAUAGAGACAUGGAUGAGCCAACAAGUCCCGCCGGGGCGGGACAUCAUCGGAGCCGUAGCGCAAGCAGACCACCGAUGUCACACGCAAUGGAUUAUCCAAGAACACGUUAUCAAUCACUUGAUCGAGGUGGCUUGGUUGAUCCUCACGAUCGCGAGUUCAUACCAAUACGUGAACCUCGCGAUCGUUCGCGUGAUAGAUCACUUGAAAGAGGGUUAUACUUAGAAGAUGAAUUGUAUGGGCGUUCAGCUCGACAAAGUCCAAAUCCCAUAGGUUAUAAUACAGGUUUACCAUCGACGGAUCGUGCCUAUCUCGGGGAUUUACAACAUCAAAAUACGGAUUUACAACGUGAACUGGGACAACUUAAACGUGAGCUUGAAUUAACAAAUCAAAAAUUAGGUAGUUCCAUGCAUAGUAUUAAAACCUUCUGGUCUCCUGAACUGAAAAAGGAACGUGCUUUGCGCAAAGAGGAGAGCGCUAAAUAUAGUCUCAUCAAUGAUCAGCUAAAGCUUUUGAGUACAGAAAAUCAGAAACAAGCAAUGCUAGUACGUCAGUUAGAGGAAGAAUUGCGUUUGCGUAUGCGACAACCGAAUCUAGAAAUGCAACAGCAAAUGGAAGCGAUUUAUGCUGAAAAUGAUCAUUUACAACGUGAAAUUAGCAUUUUAAGGGAAACAAUUAAGGACUUAGAGUGUCGUGUUGAGACACAAAAACAAACUUUAAUCGCACGAGAUGAAAGUAUUAAGAAAUUACUAGAAAUGCUUCAAACAAAAGGAAUGGGCAAAGAGGAAGAGCGUCAAAUGUUUCAACAAAUGCAGGCCAUGGCACAAAAACAGCUACAAAAUAUUCGAACAUUACGACGUUUUGGUUUAAAUAUGCUCAAAUUCGAACAUUUGGAUCAAACACUUUAA